ACAUCGCGCCAUUAUUUGGGAACAUGAAGAAGAGAGAAAGCAUCCAGGAACCUAGAUUUGAUUGUUAUAACCAUGAAGUUCCUGACAUUGACCUCAGUGAUUGUGAAUUUCCACAUGUAAUUGAAAUUUAUGACUUUCCCCAAGAAUUUCGUACUGAAGACCUCCUCCGGAUUUUCUGCAGUUAUCAAAAGAAAGGAUUUGAUAUUAAAUGGGUGGAUGACACGCAUGCCCUAGGAAUAUUCUCCAGUCCAAUUACAGCUCGUGAUGCUCUGAGUAAUAAACAUCCGAUGGUGAAGACCCGCCCUUUGUCACAGGCCACUAGAGCAGCCAAGGCCAAAGCCAGAGCUUAUGCUGAAUUCCUCCAGCCAGCAAAGGAGCGUCCUGAGACUUCGGCAGCCUUAGCCAGAAGGUUAGUCAUCAGUGCCCUUGGAGUUCGAAGUAAGCAGAGUAAAGCUGAGCGGGAAGCUGAGCUUAAGAAACUGCAAGAAGCCCGAGAGAAAAAACGGUUGGAAGCCAAGCAACGGGAAGACAUCUGGGAAGGCAGAGAACAGUCUGCUGCUUGAACAACACUCAGUGAAAAGGAUAAUUCCAUGAAUUCAGAAAAUGUUUCCAUAGUCUUCAGAUAAGAAGACCCUUCCAGAGCUCUUCAUACUUGCAGAUGUGCGUAUUAAUGAAAGAAGUAAAACCAUCAAGACAAGCACUGACUAGGUGUAGAAAGAAGAUGGAUUCCUGUCUGUCUUCAUUCCAGAAGGCAGUGCUUUGGAAUUGCCUUCCUGUUGUGGGCACAGAAGAGAG